UCCCGCCCCCGAGCAGCGCCGCGGCGAGCCGGAGCCGGAGCCGGGGCCGCGGGGGCUGCAGGGCGCUGCGGCCGCGAUGGCUUCGCCCCGCCGCGCCGCCGCCGCCGCAUGAAGGUGCGCGGGGCCGGGGCGGCGGCCGGGGCCGGGGCCGGGACCGGGGAGGCGGCGCGGCGGCGCCCGGGCGCUCCGGUGGCCCGGAGCCGGCAGGGCACAUGGCGAACCGGGCUGGAGCCGGGCGCCGGCGCGCCCUCGCCGCCUCCCCCGGGCGGGCUCGGAGCUGACGGGAACCGGCUCUCGGUGCUGCUCAAGAAGAUGCACUUGUUCCGGAGCUCCAGCUACGAGAUCCGGCUGGAGGGCGAGGGGGGCAGCCUGCCCCGCAUCCAGGGCAUCCGCUGGACCCCACUUUUGGACAGCGAAUCUGCCUUGGAUUAUGGACACAGCCUAACCCAGGCAUCCUCAGAGAAGGUCUGGCGAGCUGGGAAGCUCCUCUUCAGCCACCUCAUGAUCACCUGCCCCGGCCUCAUCCGUGACCACAAGCAUCACCUGCGGCACCACAGGCAGUGCUGCUCCGGGAAGGAGCUGGUGGACUGGCUGCUGAGCGCGGGGCUUGCUGUCCAGACACGGAGCCAGGCCAUCGGCGUGUGCCAGGUGCUGGUGGAUGGAGGAGUCCUCACGCACGUGAAGCAGGAGUGGCAUUUCCAGGACAAGGACACUCAGUUUUACCGCUUUGCCGAGCUGGAGCUGAGCCCCGAGCCCGGCAAUGGGCUCCGGGAUGCGGAGGAGCUGCUGGAGGCACUGGCAUUCUUGGCCCAGCUGGGCCCUGAUGCACUGCUCACCAUGGCCCUGCGCAAGCCGCCUACCCAACGCACAGAGGACGAGCUAGAGCUCAUAUUUGAGGAGCUCCUACACAUAAAGGCUGUGGCUCAUCUCUCCAACUCGGUGAAGCGAGAGCUGGCGUCUGUGCUGAUGUUCGAGUCGCAGCAGAGGGCAGGCACCGUGCUGUUCAGCCAAGGAGAUAAAGGCACGUCGUGGUACAUCAUCUGGAAGGGCUCGGUGAACGUGGUCACCCACGGCAAGGGCUUGGUGGCCACCCUGCACGAGGGGGAUGACUUUGGGCAGCUGGCACUGGUGAACGACGCGCCCCGCGCAGCCACCAUCAUUCUGCGGGAGGACAACUGCCACUUCCUCCGCGUGGACAAGCAGGACUUCAACCGCAUCCUCAAGGAUGUCGAGGCCAACACCAUGCGUCUGAAGGAGCACGGGAAGGUGGUGCUCGUCCUGCAGAAAAACCUGCAGGGUGGUAGCAGCCAACCAGCCACAGCAAGGAGCAGUAGGUACUCAGUGAUGGCUGGGACACCCGAGAAGAUCCUCGAGCACCUGCUGGAGUUCAUGAGGAUCGAUGCAACACUCUAUGACCCUGUGGAUACCCUGCUGGGGGAUUUCCUGCUGACAUACACCGUGUUCAUGCCGACCUCACAGCUCUGCAGAGCCUUGCUGCACCAUUUCCGUGCGGAGCCGCUGGAGGGCUCGGAGCAGGAGAAGGCCACUUACUCCCUACACAAGCGCCGGAAGAUCCUGCGGCUGGUGAGCCAGUGGGUGCUGCUCUACGGGCGUCUGCUGCAGGGCGACCGCAGCACCAUGGCCUUGCUGCAGAGCCUCGCAGACCUGGCAAGCCAGGACCCUCGCCUGGGUGGGAUGAUCCAGGAGCAAGCACAGGACCGCCGGCGGCCCAAACCGCUGGAGAACGGAGGUGGCAGUGUUUCUCCCCAGCCCCAGGCUCGGAGCUCUGUGAACUGGUUUGCAGGCCAGGAGGAGGCAAUUUUGAACAGCAGCUGUGCCUUAAGAGCUCAGGACAAAGUGCCCUACGAGAUCUACAGACCCGACCACUCGUGCCUCAUCACGGUGCUGCCUGUGAACGCUUCGGUGCGGGACAUCCUCCGGUCCCUCAGCCCCAAGCUUGGCCGGGACGGCGAGCACGUCCUGGUGAAGGUUAAUUCAGCUGGAGAUAAAGUGGGGCUGCAGAUGGAUGCUGUGGGGGUAUUCACAUCGCUGGGGCUCAAUGAGAGGCUCUUUGCUGUGAGCGUGGAGGAGCUGUGCAACCUGAUCCCCCAUCCUGAGCAGCUGGGGCCCAGCACCGGUUCCUCAGAAACACUGGACCUCAUCAGUUCCAAGGACCUCGCCAGCCAUCUCACAGACUAUGACUGGAACCUCUUCAAGAGCAUCCACCAGGUGGAAAUGAUCCACUACAUCGUCAGGCCACAGAAGUUUCUUGACGUGACCACAGCCAACCUGGAGCGAGUCAUGCGGCGCUUCAACGAGCUGCAGUACUGGGUGGCCACGGAGCUGUGCCUCUGCCCCGAGGUGGGCAGGCGAGCCCAGCUCCUUCGCAAGUUCAUCAAGCUGGCUGCACACCUCAAGGAGCAGAAGAACCUGAAUUCCUUCUUCGCGGUGAUGUUUGGUGUGAGCAACACAGCCGUGAGCCGCCUUGCCAAGACCUGGGAGAGGCUGCCUCACAAGAUCCGGAAGCUGCACUCGGCGCUGGAGCGGAUGCUGGACCCCUCGUGGAACCACAGGGUCUAUCGGCUGGCUGUCGCCAAGCUGAGCCCCCCCAUCAUCCCCUUCGUGCCCCUUCUUCUCAAAGAUAUGACAUUCAUCCAUGAGGGCAACCGCACAAUGGCUGAGAAUCUCAUCAACUUUGAGAAGAUGCACAUGAUGGCUAAGACUGUACGUGUCCUGCAGCGCUGCCGGGGCCACGCGAAUGCUCCACUCUCCCCACUGCGGAGUCGCUCCCCGCACCGACUGGAGGACCCCAAGGCCGUGAGGAUGUCCACAUGCUCCGAGCAGUCCCUGAGCGUGCGGAGCCCUGUCUCUACCUGGGCCUACCUGCAGCACCUGAAAGCCAUCGACAGCCAGAAGGAGCUGCUGAGGCUCUCGCGAGACCUGGAGUCUUGACAGGGAAGGAGGGCCAGAGGGGACCCGGAGCAGGGAUGCGGCAGCGUGUCUGCUGGCAGUGAGGGCGGCCCUGCAGCUCCGCUCCCGGCAGCACAGGGCACAGGGCUGCUUUGGAGCUGGCCGAGAGCAGCCUGUGCUUGGCCACGCUGCUGGCUGCAGGCACCAGGCCCAGCGCCGCAAGGCAGUGCGGGAGCCCGGGUGGGCUGCGAGCAGGCAAAGGUCAUGGACAACAGGGUCAGAGGCCCUCACUCAUUGAGCAAUAGAGGUAUUUUUGUAUGCAA